AUGUCUGCCAGCCUCAUUCGUCCAAUCUUCCGCUCUUGUCGGUUCACCGGCCCGACUUCUUCAACCAUCCGUCUACCUCAAGUGUCAUCCGUGGGAUUCAAGAGGUUUGCUUCUACCAAACGUUAUACCAAGGAGCAUGAAUGGGUCUCCCUGGAUCCUAAGACCAACAUCGGAACGAUCGGCAUCACAGAUUACGCUCAGAACAGUCUCGGAGACGUGGUUUUUGUCGAGCUCCCUGAAGUCUCGGCUACAGUCUCCACUGGCGAACUUAUCGGAGCUGUAGAGAGUGUCAAGGCUGCGUCAGAUAUCUUUGCUCCGGUUUCGGGCACUGUAACCGAAGUUAACACCAAGCUAACUGAUCAGGCUGGUCUGCUGAAUAAAAGUCCAGAAGAUGAUGGUUGGUUGGCCAAAAUUCAACUCUCCUCUCCUCAAGAACUGGAAAACCUUCUGAGCGAAGAAUCUUACAAGGCUCACAUCGAAGGAGAGCAUUAA